AUGUCUCUGUUUGCCAUGGGUUUCCUGCUAGUCAUCCUUCAGCCGUCUGCCGGGCAGUUCCCCAGAGCCUGUGCAAACACCCAGAGCUUGCUGAGGAAGGAGUGCUGUCCUCUCUGGGAUGGAGACGGGUCCCCUUGUGGGGAGCGUUCCAACAGAGGGGCCUGCCAGGCCAUACUUCUCUCUCAAGCUCCACUGGGGCCACAGUUCCCUUUCUCAGGAGUGGAUGACAGAGAGGACUGGCCUUCUGUGUUUUACAACCGGACCUGCAAAUGUAAAGGUAACUUCAUGGGAUUCAGCUGCGGGGAGUGCAAGUUUGGUUUCUCGGGACUCAACUGCACUAAAAGGCGACUGAGAACGAGAAGAAACAUCUUCCAGCUCACCAACAGCGAGAAGGACAAGUUUCUUGCCUACCUUAACUUGGCAAAGAACACCCCCAGCCAGGACUAUGUCAUUGCCACUGGCACGUAUACCCAGAUGAACAACGGCUCCAACCCCAUGUUCAGAAACAUCAAUGUGUACGACCUCUUUGUGUGGAUGCAUUAUUAUGCUUCUCGAGACACACUCUUAGGUGGGUCCAAUGUGUGGCGGGACAUCGAUUUUGCCCAUGAAGCCCCUGGUUUUCUGCCUUGGCAUCGUGUCUUUCUGCUCCUCUGGGAAAGUGAGAUCCAGAAGAUAACAGGUGAUGAGAACUUCACCAUCCCCUACUGGGACUGGCGAGAUGCAGAGGACUGUGUGGUCUGCACGGAUGAAUACAUGGGUGGCAGACAUCCAACUAACCCUAAUUUACUCAGCCCAGCAUCAUUUUUCUCCUCUUGGCAGGUAAUCUGUACUCAGUCUGAAGAGUACAACAGUCAACAGUCUUUAUGCAAUGCUACUAGUGAAGGACCUAUACUGCGAAAUCCUGGGAACAAUGACAAAUCAAGGACUCCAAGGCUCCCAUCUUCAGCUGAAGUUGAAUUUUGUCUGUCACUGACUCAAUAUGAAUCUGGAUCCAUGGAUAAAAUGGCCAAUUACAGCUUCCGGAACACUUUGGAAGGCUUUGCUGAUCCACACACUGCAAUAUCAAACAUAUCUCAAAGCGGUUUGCAUAAUGCACUUCACAUCUACAUGAAUGGCUCCAUGUCCCAAGUACAAGGCUCUGCAAAUGAUCCUAUCUUCAUACUACACCAUGCUUUUGUUGACAGCAUUUUUGAGCGGUGGUUAAGAAGACACAGGCCCAUGCUAGAAGUUUACCCAGCAGCCAAUGCACCCAUCGGCCACAAUCGAGAAAAUUACAUGGUCCCCUUUAUUCCUCUUUACAGAAAUGGAGAAUUUUUUGUACCAUCGAGAGAGCUGGGGUAUGACUAUGAGUAUCUGCAAGAACCAGCACUUGAUUCUUUCCAGGAGUUUUUAAUACCAUACCUUGAGCAAGCCCAUCAGAUCUGGCCCUGGCUGGUUGGUGCAGCUGUGAUUGGAGGCAUAGUUACUGCUAUACUCUCCAGCCUCAUCCUGGCCUGCAAGAAGAAAAGAGCAGGAACUUUUCCGGAGAUACAACCCUUACUCACAGAAAGUGAAGAUUACAACAAUAUAUCUUAUCAAUCCCAUUUCUGA